AUGGCGUCUAAAGAAGAACUUAGGAAACGAAAAACUUAUCUACAAAUUGCGGGAGAAGACGGAACUAAAUCUCUUUUACGAUGCACACGUUGUCGUAUGUCUUAUUAUUGUUCGAAAAGUUGUCAAAAAGCUGACUUUUUGUUUCAUAAACAAUUUUGUGCUGCUAUCGAAGAGCUUAGCAAUCUUGAAGAGGUUUGGUAUUCAUGUAAUGGUAAAGAAUCUGAAUGGAACAAGAGAAAAAUUUAUCAUAUGCAACUGUUAGCAGCGACGCUUGAUAGAGACUUAACUAGCACUUCGGAAACAUUGUGGGCUCCUGAAGAAUGGGAUGAAGGUUUAAUUUAUCCACCACUCCCAAAAGAUUGGAGUUCUUAUUUGAAAUGGAGAAAGGCACCACAAUUUAAUCAACUUGAUGCUGCUGAUCGAAAACGCAUUUAUUCAUUACAUCCAAUAUCGUAUCAUGAAUAUUCUACCUCUGAUGAUUUCAUUACUCCCCAAAUUGUCGUUGGUUUCAAUAUUGGUCUAUAUGAUGAAUUUUGGAAACCAUCGGUUGAAUUUUUAAUAGAAAAAGAAUUACCUUGUAUAUUCACUUCUUAUUCCAAAGAUGAGGCAAAUCAAGAUGCUAAAAUGCUAAAGACUUUAGGUGCAAAGAUUAUUGUGAGUGCUAACGAAAAUAAAUGGCGAA